CCGGAAUCAUCGUCGUCAUGGCCGAAGUGCGAUGAUACGAGACGUCGCAUUACUGGUGCUAUCUCCGCGCGUCCGUCCGCGGGCUGUUUGCAAUCCUUACCCAAGGGGUGUGCCUAUCCACUUCCGAAAACAUUCUAGCUUGAGGCAGUGCAAAAGAUGCCAAGCCCUACUCUCCCGGAAUCAUGCCAUGUCAACCAUGACGACCAGUUAGGGGAACCUGGAGACUGGCGAUCCAGACUGGCGCUAAAGGAGAAAUGGUCAAAAUUGAGGAAUAGAAUCCUGCGCUAUGCUGACUACCAUUAGUCUCCUCCUGCUGAUGAUUAUGAUUAUUGAUUAUCUGUCAUAUCUCAUCAAGUGGUGGCGGCCCAUGCCGUGUGCAGCGCCAUCACAUUGGGACCAAAAGCAUUGCUGCCCACAGCUCCUCAAUAGUAAUGCAGGAAGGGUGCUGAGGGGGCACACGCUUGCUGCCACAAAGCGCAGCGCCGGCAGUCUUCUCUCAUAGCAGUAAUGGGACCGAAAACUAGAAAAUAUAGUAG